GUCCGUCUGUCUUGUCUAUAGCGAUAUCUUUGUGUUCCCCCAGUCCGCAGUGACCUCCGCUCCUCCAAUGUGCAACUCUGCGGACGUGGAACUUCCUUGGGUGGGGGCGGGCGAUGUAUUUUAUUUUUCUAAUGAGAAUUUUGAGACGAAAUAAUGACCAUUAGGAAAAAAUUUGACGAUCUGUAGAAGAGGGAGGGAGUGGGAGGGAGCGAGAGCGCGUGCUCCUGGGGGUCGCUGCUACCGAAGAACGUCGCAGAAAUCCUAGGAGUCUAAUCUGGGAGUUGGGGAGGGGUUUUGUUCUUAUGCCCACGCUAUUCAUGGCUUCUCCUCGCGAGCUUUGCAUUUUGGCCCCUAGAUUGAGCUGGAGUCCUUAGGUUUGGUUCCAAGGGCGUAUUUUAGAAUCCAUGACAAAAUAAUGCUUGUGUAAUGUACCUAGGUUGGUAAAUUAAAACAAAGAUAAUAAGGUGGACGCUUCCGAAAGACGGAGCUCCCGAAGGCCGGCUCUCCAUUAUCGGCGGGGGCCUCGGGCUGCCUCUAGACUCCUCGGUUUGCAACGGGAGCCGAAAUCGGAGCGGAUAACCGAGGAGGCGACAGCGCUGGCGUCUUGUUACUCCCGCGCCGCCUCAGCUCCUGUUUCUCGUCCUCACUCCCCAAGCUUAAUGCCCCUCUGCUCUCCGCCUCUUCUCAAAGCCGCUAGGGCUCUUGAAUCUUUUACAACUCUCCUCCUCUCCAUCCCUAGGGGUGCGGCUCCCCCAAGCCCCAGAACUGUACACUGAAAGUCGGGGCUUCUGGGCCAGAUCGCCAGGCCGAGGCCGCUAGUUGGACAGGUUUUAAAGGCGACUGUGGCUAGUGUGGUUCAGGGCACGCGCGCCUCAGCCUCUGCGCGCAACUGGGACAGCCAGACCUGAGGGUGGGCGCCUGGAUGCUCCUGGUCAGAGACCCCGGAGUCCCUCCCUAGGAAGGACUUCGAGUUCUUAGUUGUUUUGUGUCUGGGGUAGCAUCGUGGCCCGUUAAGCACUUCUGUACUGCCUUUUCUGGCUUGGGGACAAUGAAGUGUCGUAGGUCAAGGCUGACCUUAUACGGAGGGGCUCGCCGAGGCCCAGCCCCUGCUCUCGGCCUGCCCCCAAAACGAACUAUUAGAAGGUCCCCGCUGACACCCGGCCUGGGCGACGGUUCGCGCGGCAAACUCCGAAGAAGUGGCGGUGUUGAUGCGUUCAAGGGACUAUUGAAAGCCAGUGUCCGAUUUCACUGGAAAAUCUGAAAACCUUAGAGCCCCAAACCGAUUUGGUCUUUUGGAGGGAGAAGGGUGUAUGGAGAGAGAAAGAAGGCCCAGCCGCGUGGACCACUUUGGGUGGGGACCGAGAGGAGUUGCUCUUCCUUGGAAACUGUGCCCUCCAUUCCAGAGCUUGGGGGGGGGGGGGUGUCAGGAUUUCGUCUGUUCACCUCGGGACUUUUUCCGGCCACUGAAAGUUAUUAGCACUAGAGUGGAGUUGGGCGCAAACUCCUCCCCCAGAGAAAGGUAGACACCCAGGCCUCUCCUUCCAGACCUAACACCGGGGCUUCUUCGAACUAUAAUUAAUAGUCAAGAGCAACCCUUUGGCACAUUUCUUUCUCCCUCCCUCGCGGGUGGUGAUGUUGAUUCCCCGAGGCCAGAAACUUUCACUCGAGUUGGCGGGCCUGGCGCCGGCUGUUUUCCAAAUGCCCGCGUACCUCCUUCUUCCUUUCCCUCCGGCUCUCGGUCCUCUCCCCUGCCUCAGGCCGAGCCGCCAGUCAGCGAAGUUUUGUUUCCUUUCUAUCAUGCAGAAAAUUAAUCAGCCAGGACGAGAAGCAGAGCUGAGCACGACGGCCUGUAAUUAAGGGACGUGUGCCCCUCGGAUUAUCUCGUUAGUUUAUCAAGAAAACAUUUAUUAUAAUUAAUUCUCGGACGAGUUCCGUCACUCCAAAUCUACCCACCAAGGACCCUGACCCUGUCCACUCCAGGCGAAUCGAGACCGUCCGGCUGGGUCCCCCCAAUUUGGGCCGACUUUGCGCCUCCAAACAACCUUAGCAUGAUGUCUUAUCUAAAGCAACCGCCUUACGCAGUCAAUGGGCUGAGUCUGACCACUUCGGGUAUGGACUUGCUGCAUCCCUCCGUGGGCUACCCCGCCACCCCCCGGAAACAGCGAAGGGAGAGGACGACAUUUACUAGGGCACAGCUCGACGUUCUGGAAGCUCUGUUUGCCAAGACCCGGUACCCAGACAUCUUCAUGAGGGAAGAGGUGGCACUGAAAAUCAACUUGCCAGAAUCCAGGGUGCAGGUAUGGUUUAAGAAUCGAAGAGCUAAGUGCCGCCAACAGCAGCAGCAGCAGCAGAAUGGAGGUCAGAACAAAGUGAGGCCUGCCAAGAAGAAGAGCUCUCCAGCUCGGGAAGUGAGUUCAGAGAGUGGAACAAGUGGCCAGUUCAGUCCCCCCUCUAGUACCUCAGUCCCAACCAUUGCCAGCAGCAGUGCUCCAGUGUCUAUCUGGAGCCCAGCGUCCAUCUCCCCACUGUCUGACCCCUUGUCCACUUCCUCCUCCUGCAUGCAGAGGUCCUAUCCCAUGACCUAUACUCAGGCUUCAGGUUAUAGUCAAGGCUAUGCUGGCUCAACUUCCUACUUUGGGGGCAUGGACUGUGGAUCUUAUUUGACCCCUAUGCAUCACCAGCUUCCUGGACCAGGGGCCACACUCAGUCCCAUGGGUACCAAUGCUGUUACCAGCCAUCUCAAUCAGUCCCCAGCUUCUCUUUCCACCCAGGGAUAUGGAGCUUCAAGCUUGGGUUUUAACUCAACCACUGAUUGCUUGGAUUAUAAGGACCAAACUGCCUCUUGGAAGCUUAACUUCAAUGCUGACUGCUUGGAUUAUAAAGAUCAGACGUCCUCAUGGAAAUUCCAGGUUUUGUGAAGACCUGUAGAAGCUAUUUUUGUGGGUGAUUUUUAAAUAUGCUGGGCUGAACAUUCCAGUUUUAGCCAGGCAUUGGUUAAAAAAGUUAGAUGGAACGAUGCUCUCAGACUCCUGAUCAAAGUUACCGAGAGGCAUAGAAGGAAAAAGGAAGGGGCCUUAGAAGGGUCCAUCAACCAGCAACCUGAAAUGGACAAACCAAUCUACUUAAGAUUCUGUUAUAGUUCUAGAUCAUUGGUUUCCUGAUUUGCAAAUGAUUGAUCAAAUAUAUUCUAGCGACAUGCAACCAAAUACCACUCAAAACAAAAAUCCAGCAAAACUGAGUUGUGAGGGAAGGGAGGGAAGGUCAUGGCCUUCAAAGCAGAGGUGAUCCGGUGUUUUAGCCAAUCUUUGGUUGAAUCUUAGGAAUGGACAAUGUCCCAGGCUCAUUCACGUUUCAUGACCAACAGGUAGUUGGCACUGAAAAACUUUUCAGGGCUGUGUGGAUUGUGCGACUGAUUGUCCUAGAUGCACUACUUUAUUUAAAAAAAAAAAAAAAGAUACCGCUCAUACGGAGUCAAUAUGUAGUUUAAGAGACAAUCAGUGUGUGUCUUAUAUAAAUGGUACAUCUGUGGUUUUUAAUCUGUGCUAGACUUCAAAACUGUGAUCUCCUGUUAUUGUAUGCAACCUUGAACUCCACCUCCGCAGGGGUUCUUCUGUGAUUAAAUAGGUUAUAAUUAUAAGCAAAAUUCAGAGCAACUGGAUACUGAUCUAGAAAGAUUACCUUGGGCUGGAGGUGAGCUGCCCUGCUGUCUCUGGACAAGGAUCGAGAAGAAGCAAAAGGACCCUAAUUCACCCGUAAUUUAAUGUUGGUAAGCCUGGCAGUUUAAAAAAAAAAAAAAAAAGACAUUGGUCAAUUGCUCUGACCCUGAUGACUUUUAAGCUGAGAUCAUUGUCAUUAUGCUUGCAGAUGUUAACUGGAAGUUAUAUAUGCAUAAACCCUUCCUGGAUUUGGCAGAUAUGUAUAAUUAUAUUAAAAUGGUUCUAGCACAACCUUGGGUCUAGUUUAAUUUUCUACCAUUGCUUAUGAAGGAAAAGCCCCGUGCUCAGCUACGCAGUUAUUCCCACCAUGUUUAUUGUACGGCAGAGAAGAAAUCAGUUAUUCCAUGCCUUCCGUUUUUGUUUGUUUGUUUGUUUGUUUUAACGUUUUCUCUUGCUGAUCUGUGAAUGAACCAGAUGUGAAUGGCAGUGGUUUAUAAACUUCUGUGACUUCCCUCAGGAUUGCUUCACAGUGGAAGUUGCUCCUCCUGGCCAGCCUAAUCUUUCCCUCCUUUGCUACAAACUUGAAUUGAAUUGCUAGGCACUUUGUCAGUAUGGGUUUUUGAUGGAUCAGUGUUUUGGUUUGUGUGUGUGUGUGUGUGUGUGUGUGUGUGUGUGUGUGUGUGUGUGUGUGUGUAUGUUUGAUUUUGGUUUUGGUUUUUGAGGGGCGUGAGGAUGGGGGUAGACUGGAAUAUUUCAGAAAAUAAGAUUGUCAAGUAUUUCUUGUUUCAGUUCUCUAAGGGCAUUUGUUUUCCUUUUUUUUUUACUUAAAAAAAAAAAAAGGCAGAGGUAAAGGAGGGAGUGACCAGGCUCUGGAUGGACUCCAAGCAGAGUGAUUUCUGAACAAGAGUUUCAGAAAACUUUAAAAACCUAUAAUUUCAGUAGUCAAACAUAAGGCACCCACCACCCACCGUCAGUGCCUUGUGGGGUGUGUGUGUGUGUGUGUGUGUGCUGGGGUGGGGGGAGGAGGGAGAGUCCCUUUUUGGCUGUAGGAGUUUACUAGAAUGGUCCGUGGUGCUCCUCCAGUAAGAAUUACUUAAUUUCACCUUAAACGUCUUGUGUUCUUAAAUUUGACCAAAAUUCAACGGCUCUUUGAUUGUAACCCUGUAAAUGAAGGUUAGCAGUUGAAA